GCGGCGGCGGCGGCGGGGGAAGGAUGCAGGGGAAGAAGCCGGGCGGCUCGUCGGGCGGCGGCCGGAGCGGCGAGCUGCAGGGGGACGAGGCGCAGAGGAACAAGAAGAAGAAAAAGAAGGUGUCCUGCUUCUCCAACAUCAAGAUCUUCCUAGUGUCCGAGUGCGCCCUGAUGCUGGCGCAGGGCACGGUGGGCGCCUACCUGGUGAGCGUCCUGACCACCCUGGAGCGCAGGUUCAACCUGCAGAGCGCCGACGUGGGCGUCAUCGCCAGCAGCUUCGAGAUCGGGAACCUGGCGCUCAUCCUCUUCGUGAGCUACUUCGGGGCGCGCGGGCACCGGCCGCGCCUCAUCGGCUGCGGCGGCAUCGUCAUGGCCCUGGGCGCGCUGCUGUCGGCGCUGCCCGAGUUCCUGACGCACCAGUACAAGUACGAGGCGGGGGAGAUCCGCUGGGGCGCCGAGGGCCGCGACGUGUGCGCCGCCAACGGCUCGGGCGGCGACCAGGGCCCCGACCCGGACCUCAUCUGCCGCAGCCGGACCGCCACCAACAUGAUGUACUUGCUGCUCAUUGGCGCCCAGGUGCUCCUGGGCAUCGGUGCUACGCCCGUGCAGCCCCUGGGCGUCUCCUACAUCGACGACCACGUGCGGAGGAAGGACUCCUCGCUCUACAUAGGAAUCCUGUUCACGAUGCUGGUAUUUGGACCAGCCUGUGGAUUUAUCCUGGGCUCUUUCUGUACCAAAAUCUACGUGGAUGCUGUCUUUAUUGACACAAGUAACCUGGACAUCACUCCGGACGACCCCCGCUGGAUCGGAGCCUGGUGGGGUGGCUUUCUGCUCUGCGGUGCCUUACUCUUCUUCUCUUCCCUCUUGAUGUUUGGGUUUCCACAGUCUCUGCCCCCACAUUCAGACCCUGCCAUGGAGAGCGAGCAGGCCAUGCUCCCAGAAAGAGAAUACGAGAGACCCAAGCCCAGCAACGGAGUCCUGAGACACCCUCUGGAGCCAGAUAGCAGUGCCUCCUGCUUCCAGCAGCUGAAAGUGAUCCCGAAAGUCACCAAGCACCUACUCUCAAACCCUGUGUUCACCUGCAUCAUCCUGGCCGCCUGCAUGGAGAUUGCAGUGGUGGCUGGCUUCGCUGCUUUCUUGGGGAAGUACCUGGAGCAGCAAUUUAACCUUACCACCUCUUCUGCCAACCAGCUGCUCGGGAUGACUGCAAUCCCAUGUGCCUGUCUGGGGAUCUUCUUGGGUGGUCUCCUGGUGAAGAAGCUCAGUCUUUCUGCCCUCGGGGCCAUUCGGAUGGCCAUGCUCGUCAACCUGGUGUCCACAGCUUGCUACGUCUCCUUCCUCUUCCUGGGCUGUGACACGGGCCCUGUGGCUGGGGUUACUGUUCCCUAUGGAAACACCUCAGCACCUGGCUCGGCCCUGGAUCCCUACUCGCCCUGCAAUAAAAACUGUGAAUGCCAAACCGAUUCCUUCACUCCAGUGUGUGGGGCAGAUGGCAUCACCUACCUGUCUGCCUGCUUUGCUGGCUGCAACAGCACGAAUCUCACCGGCUGUGCGUGCCUCACGACCGUCCCACCCGAGAACACGACUGUGGUUCCUGGAAAAUGCCCCAGUCCUGGGUGCCAAGAGGCCUUCCUCACCUUCCUGUGUGUGAUGUGUGUCUGCAGUAUGAUUGGGGCGAUGGCGCAGACACCCUCAGUCAUCAUCCUUAUCAGGACAGUCAGCCCUGAACUCAAGUCUUAUGCCCUGGGAGUCUUGUUCCUCCUCCUUCGUUUGUUGGGCUUCAUUCCCCCUCCCCUCAUCUUUGGGGCCGGCAUUGACUCCACCUGCCUGUUCUGGAGCACGUUCUGCGGGGAGCAAGGCGCCUGUGUCCUGUAUGACAACGUGGCCUACAGAUACCUGUAUGUCAGCAUCGCCAUCGUUCUGAAGUCCUCCGCCUUUGUCCUCUACACAACCACGUGGCAGUGCCUGAGGAAAAACUAUAAACGCUACAUCAAAAACCACGAGGGCGGGCUGAGCACCAGUGAGUUCUUUGCCUCUACUCUGACCCUAGACAAUCUGGGGAGGGACCCUGUGCCCGCAAGCCAGACCCAUAGGACAAAAUUUAUCUAUAACCUUGAAGAUCAUGAGUGGUGUGAAAACAUGGAGUCCGUUUUAUAGUGACGAAAGGAGGUUGAACUCUGUAUUAGGAAUCAAAGGGUCAUUUUUCCUAAAAAAAGAAAAAGUUUCAAAAAAAAAAAGAAAAAGCAAAACUCAGUACAGAGACACACACCUACAUGCGCACACACACACACAUACAACACACACAACACAGCCCUUGUCCUCUUUCUCAAAAUCAGAGCCAGAUAGGAUUCAGAAUAAGGAGAACAUGGGAUCACGUGUCUGGCGUGCGACCUGCUGGGCCCAGAGUCUACUCUUUGAAGGCACCUCGUGGUUUUUUUCGGGAUGCCGACAGCUGCAAGCAACAGGCACUGCCAAAUUCAGGGAACUAAUGGUGGCCCGCUUGGAGGAUGGACCUUUCUGGAUAUACAUACACAUACAAAUUUUUUUAAAAGUCUACUAAAAAACACAAGUUGACAACAUUGCCAGGAUAAGCACUAGCGACACACCCUGUGCCACCUGCCCCCUCCACGCGAGGGUGGGGGGCACACAAGUCGCAGGAGCGGGUGUCCCCUCCUCUUACUUUUGCAAUAUGGGUCAUUGUGUAGACGACUCACCCAGUCUGCAUGUGGUUCAAGGCCCCAGAGUUCUCUCAGCGAUGCUAAUGGGUGAUCCGUGCUGGAGUCUGUAGUUGGCAUCUCUCACCAGCUCCAUGUUCAUGUUCAAGACUGAGGGCCCCGGGGGGAACCGGGCAUGGGGGGGGGGGCACAGCACCUCCCCUCCCCCCACAGCACCCCCCAGCCCCGCAGAGUGACCUCAGGAAGCAGUGGGCCUCGCCUGGCUAUGACCGACUUCUCUCAGAGCCGGUGAAACCCACACAGUCCAAGUCAUUUGCUUACAUUUGCCAAACAUUUUGCCAUUUUUAAAAGAAAAAACCGCAAUGCAUAUGAAUUUCAAACUGUUGUAUGUAUAAUCCUCUAAUACUAUUUUUAACCACUUCUAAAAUCCGUGUUAACCCUUCAAUCACUAACACAUUUCUCUAGGCUGAGUUUAUUAUGCUGGUUGCUUUCUUUCUCUUUUCCUCCUUUUUUUAAUGCACCAAAAAUAUAAUGUGAUUCAAGGGAUGCAUUAAUCUAUUGUAAUUUUUUUUUAUCGUUUUAUCCUCAUUCGGAUAUUCUGCGCAAACAAGAAUAUACCAUGUGCUACAUGAAGAAAAAAAUGCUUUAAGAGUGUCUAUGCAGCCUGCCUUUAAAAGAAUCACAUUUGAGACAACAGGGGAUAAUGUGAUGAAUUGCAAAUUCGCCUUCUGGCUUUAUUCCCCAUGAUUCAGUGAUCACUGUCAUGGGAAGCCCUUUUAUAUUCAUGCUUCACAUUCCGAGAAGCGUUCUUUUCAGCCCGUGGAGGAGACACGCUUAGAUGUGGGUUGUGUGGAUGGGCACAGUGCCUCUGGGGAUAGGCAAGAGAAGGAACAGUCCCUGGCAUGAGCUGUUGAUCGGUUUGUGGGGUCUGUGAUGGUGAAUAGACCCACAAGGUUGUAGAAGCCACCGCAGGUCUGAUGCAUUAAAAUGUCACUGUUUUCAGGGUCA